AUGGCUUCAUCAUCUGGAACUAAAAAGGUGAAAGGGCCUGAAAAGCUUUAUGUAAGGGACGAGGACUCUGAUGAUGAUCUCAUAGAUUUCUCUUUCCUGGAUUUUGCACCAGAGACCUUUAAACCAACCUCAAACCUGUCUGAUGACCCAUUCCUUAACAUAUUAUGUGAUGAAAAUAUGCUAAGGAGGACUCUUGAUGGAAUGGGAGAUGAUGAUCAGGAAGCUGGUGUUAAGGAUCCAGAACAUGAUCAUAUUGAUGAUCAAAAUGAUGGUAAAGUAGGUGUAGAGUACAGGGUUCAUGAUCCUGACAUACAUUGGAAACAAAUGAAGCCUGUAGUGGGAGAGUGUUACGAGUCCCCUUCUCAACUCAGGUUUUAUCAUCAAGCUGCUACAGUUUCUCAAUGGAAAGGUGACUAUGGCCCAAACACCUUAGAGAAGAUUAAGGAGUUUGGAAAGCAUGUGAGGUUCUGGAUAGUAAUACCAAGUGGAGGGGCAUUAUUUGAGACAAGGCAUGGAUAUUCAGCUUACAAGGUGGAUUUAGAUGCUCAUUCUUGUUCAUGCAGAUUAUGGGAGAUAUCAGGGUUACCAUGUGUCCAUGCUCAAGCUGCAAUCAAUUUCAAACAUAGAGAUCCAACUGAUUUUAUUUCCUUUUGGUUCCAUAAGGAUAAGUUCAUAGAGAUAUACAGGGACAACAUCUUACCUGUUAAUAGAAGUAAUAUGUGGCCCUAUACUGAAUAUUUGAAGCCCUUACCACUCCUUGUUAGGAGAAUGCCUGGAAGGCCAAAAACAAAGAGAAGAAGACAUGCCUCAGAAUGUCAGGAUUCUAAGUUCCCAAUUCAAAAGGCAAAGGUUAGCAGGACUGUUAGGUGUGGGAAAUGUAGGGAACUUGGUCAUAAUAAGCUGUCUUGUAAGAAUGGAGAAGGUCCAAGUGACCCUGUCCCUAAAAGGAAAAAUGGUAGACCAAAGGGAGAUGGGGGAGGGAAUUUAGAUGUGAACAUUGCAAAGACACCAAGGAAAGUAGAUAAGGGAAAGAAGAAAGUUGUUGAGGGCACAUCAAAAGAAGCAAAUGAGGGACAGAAUAAAGUUGUUGAUCACACAUCAAAAGAAGCAAGUGAGGGAAAGAUGAAAGCUGCUGAGGGCACAUCAAAAGAAGCAUGUAAGAUAAUAGAUGUUGAUCAGUCAAUUUCUCCUUUGAAGAGAAUGAAGAUGAUGGCAAGGAGGGGAGGUAAGAUCAAAUAUGUAGGGAGAAUAGGGGUUGUGCAUGGUAGUAUAAGUCAAUCUGUGGCAGGUGUUGAUGAAGCUGUACUUACCUGCCAUGAAAAGCUUAACCAUGAAGAUUUUGAAACUAUUAAAGAUCUGCAGGCAUCUGGAUAUGAUCAUGGGGAAAUUGUUGAAGCUUUUAAUAAGUUGACAAAAGAGAGGAAGGAGAUGUUGGUUGAGAGUAUAGUUGAUGAAGAGACCAGUCAAGAAACACAAGAUCCGUUGGUAAGAAAAAGGAAGCCCUCGGAAAGAAUUAUCAAGAUUAAGUUGAAAAAAGCAGUGCAUGAUCCAGAUGGAGGUGGUUCAACAACUGAGAAAGCACUUACAUUGGACUGA